AAAGUACAACUAAAGGACAGAAGAUGAUAUGUAGGUAGUACACGUGGCAGAGACAGACACACCCUCGUCAUCUGCCGGGAAAGUUGGAAUUUUUAAUGAAAAAGAAGGAAGAAAUUGCGGGGAUCCAAAUCCGAGUUUCUCGUUGUUUGGUCUAACAUUGUGAUAAAUUUAUUAUUCAUGGAUUAAGAGUCACGUAAUAAAUAAUUAUUGAAUAAAUCAAUAUAAAUAAUUUGUAGUGUUUUGAGGAUUUCCAAGGUUGUUUUGUUGCCCCAGGAAUUCAUAGAGAGCGAGGUGUACACAUCAAUCUCUGUGGAAAAAUGGGGACGACCAAGACCAGCUCCAAUUCUACCUCAAAAUCUGAUCAUAAUAAUAAUAAUAAUGUCAAUGGCGACAAAGACAAACGCAACACCACCAGAAUGGUGUUGAAUGUCUACGACCUUACCCCUCUCAAUAAUUAUUUGUAUUGGUUCGGCUUUGGAAUCUUUCAUUCUGGCAUUGAAGUACACGGUAAAGAGUAUGGAUUUGGAGCUCAUGACUUUCCAGCAAGUGGAGUAUUUGAAGUAGAGCCAAAGAAGUGUCCUGGAUUUAUAUACAGAUGUUCUGUCAAUUUAGGCCAAAUAAACAUGCAUCCUUCUGAGUUUCGAACAUUCAUUGAGAGUAUAGCUAAUGAGUAUCAUGGAGAUACUUACCACCUUAUAUCUAAGAACUGCAAUCAUUUCACGGAUGAUGUUUCAAAUAGAUUGAAUGGAAAACGAAUCCCAGGUUGGGUCAAUCGUCUUGCUAGGCUAGGUUCACUUUGCAGUUGCCUACUUCCUGAGUGUGUUGAAGUAACUACUGUUAAACAACUACCGGAAUACCAUGACUGUUCAGAAGAUGAAAUCACUGAUUCUCUUUCGUCUGCAUCACCAUGUGCAUCUCAAGCAACAUCAGUAAUGGACGAUGACCAAGAAAAGCACCUUUUGUCACCUUUUGCCAGCAAAGGAGAAAAUGUUUCGUUUGUUAAAGAGGCACCAUUAAAACUUAUGUCACAUGAUGGAGGUGAGAAACACUUGGAUAAUGCAUGCUGUGUUGGAUUGAGUAUUUGAACCGUAUCUGAUUGGAGCCUAAAAAUUGCUCAUUUUUCAAAGGCUUACUGCAUUCCUCAUUCAUUUAGUGGAUUCAGAUUUGUGUCAGGGUUGAUUCAAGAAACAGUGCCUGAUUGGUUUUCAUGUAUCAUCAUCAAUGAUUGUGUAUGAGGCCUAGUUGUUCAUGCAUCAGGGUUUGUAUUUGUGGAGCGAUGUGGCGCUCUUUGCCAUGUAAAUUUCAUCCAAGUUUGGAAAUGAGUUAUGGAAGAUUCUUUACACGUAGCAAUGGUUGUCUAUGAGGCUUAGCUUAUCAUCUGUGACAGGCUUUUUUUUGGAGGAUUUGUUGGGGGUCGUAGCUAUGUAAAUUUUAAGCGCAUUUUUAGGAGUUACGAAAUAUUUUUACUUGUUUAAUGAUUGUGUAUGGAGCAUAGUUGUUCUAAUGCAAGGGUUUUAAUGUAGGAGGGGAUUGUUGGAUCUCUUAGCCAUGAAUUUGAUUUACAUCUACGUUUGAACACUGAGUUAUAUAUAAAUAUUCUUCAAGACUUUAUAAACCAUUAUGUGUUUGUGGAAUUUAUGUAGAAAGACAUCUGUUAACCAAGAAAAGUUGUAAUAGUCUCGAAAUGUGUUUGGUGAGGAUGGAUGGUGAAUAACAAAUUGUCUAGAGACUAAGUCAAGAAAAAGAAAAGGAACUUCUUCAGAUGAUAAAAGGGUCUUCAUGUUUACAUGGAAAAAUCUAAACAAAUCAAGAUUUUGAAAAUAUAGUCUAUAAAACGACUUUCGAAAUAUAAAUUUUAAAAA